AUGGAGCGGCAACGGAAGAGAGGAUUGAAGGAGCUCAAUGUGAGAGCUUGGAAUGGAGAGAAGGAUGUCUUUCCGGUGCAGCCCUCGCUGGAUUCUAACAUGAAGAAGAACACGGCAUUUAUCAAGAGACUGAGGACCGCGAUAAACACUGCAGGUGUCGCCACAUUCUUACAGGAGGUCCGCACGCUUUCGCUGCAUCGUUAUUUGACCGAAAUUGUGUCAGCCUGCUUUGAAGGUCUCGGCAGGCUCAAGACUGCUGGAGAAGUUGCAGCGGGUGUUGAGGUUGUCUGUGCGCUACACCAGCGCUUCGGUCCCGAUGAGUUCACGUGCUAUCUCGGGUGGUUGAUUGGAAGAGGCUUGAGUACUCCGGACAAGGCGCAACUUAAGGCUCUAUCGAACGAUGUCCGUGAACGAGAGGAGAAGGAGCGAAUCUCGAGGCAGCGAGUGCUUCUACGUGUGGCGACAGAGCUUUGGCUGGUCGGUGCCUUGCGCAGCCUAGAAGAUGUCACGAGACCUGAGGAUGCUACGAAAGCUCGAGAUAGUGGCAAAGGCUUGGAUGGCCCACCCAAGCUGAAAGCUGGUGGCGCAAAGUUCGGGACGAAUGAUGCCGAGCCAUUCCCACUGGAAGUGCUGAAAGAUAUGCUGAGCCACGAUCGCGACCAUGUCAACUUACCACUGGUUGUCUUGUUUGUGAAGACGUUUGCUUGGGAUGUGCUAGGUUCUGCGACGACAAAGAACGAGGGCCGUAAGCACGUCGCUGAAGAUGGCGCGACGACCACUACGAAUGGCAAUUUCGAGUCUGCGACUUCAACCGAGGACGAAGAUGUCACGGACAAGGACGCGCCACUCACUUCUCCAGAGCUGCAGCAGCGCUUUCGUAACAUCAUUCUGAGAUACUUCGAAGAUGUCAAACAGCACAUCUCACGCGAUCAAACACAUCUUACGUCGCAGAGCAAACGUAACGCGGAAGCCUAUGUCAAAUCCGGUGAGGUCUUCGAAGAUCGACAGGCGAACUAUGAGAAGGCGGUCAAGGCGCAGGAGAAGCUUGUCUCAAGCGCGCAGACACUGGCAGAUGUCCUCGGUGCCGACAUGCCAGAUCUGUCUGAGAAAGUCCAGCAUGGUAGUGGGUUGGAAGGCAGUAUCGGCCUUGUGAAGACAGGUGAGUAUUUGCGUGGUCAAGGUGGGGGAGCCGGGAUCUGGGAGGACGAAGAUGAGCGUCGAUUCUACGAAAGCCUGGUAGAUCUGAAAGAUCGCGUGCCUGGUAUCUUACUCGAAGACGGCAAGAAGAAGAAGGCAGAUGUUGAUGAGCAGGUUGGCAAAAAAGUCGAGGACGCUGAAAAGCAAGCCGACAGGCCCGCUGAUGUGGACGACUCGUCUACUGCGAUUGCCAACAAGACCGUCGGCGCUCAAGUCGACGCACUACUAGCUCGCCUGCACGAGCUCACUAACAAGGAUCAGGUUGAUCAGUUUGCCAUCGACUUCUGCUUCCUCAACUCGAAAGCAUCGCGCAAUCGCUUGUUGAAGUCGACCGAGGAGAUCCCCAAAGGCCGGACUGAUCUUCUCCCUUUGUAUUCUCGCCUCAUCGCCACUCUUGGCCGCUAUCUGACGGACGUCCCUCAAGCUAUCAUCAGCUAUCUCGAUGACGAAUUCCGUAGCCUGCAGCGUCGAAAGUCCAAGGACUUCCUGGGCCAGGUUCGUAUGGUCAACGUUCGCUAUAUUGCUGAGCUCACCAAAUUUGGCGUUGUACCAGAACAUGUCAUCUUCCAUUGCCUGAAGGUCAGCUUGGACGACUUUUCCCGCAUGAAUAUAGAGAUUAUUGCAACGCUUCUGGAGAACUGCGGACGGUACUUGCUUCGCAAUCCUGAGACUUCGCCACGUAUGUCCUCCUUCCUGGAAACCUUGCAGCGCAAGAAAGGAUCUCAGCAUCUUGGUCAACAAGAGCGUAUGCUCAUCGAGAACGCAAUGUAUUUCGUCAACCCGCCUGAGCGGUCAGCAAUCCAGCAGAAGGAGCGGACAACGCUAGAUCUAUACGUCAGGCAGCUUGUCUACAUGGACCUCAACAAGAAAACAAUCGAGAAGAUCAUCAAGCAGAUCCGAAAACUGCAUUGGGAGGAGCCGGAAGUUGUCGAAGUGCUGCGCAAGAUCUUCGUCAAGCCUGGUAAGAUCAAGUUCAGCAAUGUCCACCUGCUUGCAGUCAUGCUCGGAGCACUGUACAGGUUCCAUGCGGAUUUUGCCAUCUCGGUCAUCGAUGAUGUGCUGGAGCGCAUUACGGUCGGUCUGGAGACGAAUGACUUCAAGUACAAUCAGCGCCGCACAGCUGAGGUCAAGUAUCUUGGCGAGCUAUACACGUAUCGAUUAGUCGACUCCACGAUCAUUUUCGACACGCUAUACAAGCUACUCAACUAUGGUCACGAAGGUGGCUAUGCUCAACCCGGCCGCAUCUCGCAGCUCGAUCUUCCAGAUGACUACUUCCGUGUCCGCCUUGCAGCUUCAUUAUUGGAGACUUGUGGCAUGUACUUCGAGAAAGGCUCAUUGAGGAAGAAGCUGGACUUCUAUCUGUCUUUCUUGCAGUACUACAUCAAUGUUAAAGAACCUCUACCGAUGGACAUCGAGUUCGUGGCGCAAGAUCUGUAUAGCGGUCUGCGACCUCAGUGGAAGCUUGUGCUCAACGAUCUGCCGGAGGCUAGCCGUCUCUUCGCUGAGGCCACGAAGCAGCACUAUCGUGAUGCGCCCAAUGGUGUCAGUCCGCAGCAUGCCGAUGAGCCGGAAGAUCUCGAAGCCGAUGGAUCUGAUGAUGCUCGCAUCGAUGGCGAGGAGGCCUCACGAGCAGAUGGUGAUGCUGAGGACGCCAAGUCUGGGAGCGAUGAAGCACAAGAGAGUCCAAAGACAGCACAUAACGAUUUAGACGAUGACGAGCAUAUUGUGGUGACGCGACCUGAAGAGGAACGUGACCCCGAGGCUGACGCUGACUUUGAUCGCGAGCUCGCCAAAAUGAUGGCAGAGGGCGUAGAGUCACGACGAACUGACAGAAAGCCAAUGUUCGAUGUACCGCUUCCGAUGCGCCGCACUUUGCGUGACGCGACUAGCCAUGCCGCAGAAGAUAGUGGUGGCGAGUCGCCUGCGCCUGUACCCCUGGGCCCAAGUACCAUGAAGUUCGCUCUUCUAAGCAAGAAAGGAAAUCGUCAGCAGACACGCUCCAUCGACCUGCCCUCGAACUCAAGCUUUGCGGUUGCUAUGCGCACCCAGCAAGAGGCCGAGCGCGCGGAACAGCAGCGAAUCAAGAGUCUCGUCCUGAAUUACGAGCUCACGGACGAUCAAGAUGGUGAACCGCCCUCUUUUCAUUAUGCUUACACACAUGCCGGCAAAUGCACACAACUCAUCGGCAAGGGCUCGCUCAACGGAGCCCUGCGGACUGGUAAUCGCGGUGGCGAUGGUGACGGCAGUCGAUCUCAACAUAUGACUGCUGGGAAUAUGCUCGAUCAGAGCAAGGAGAUCUCAAAGACACCUGUGACUACUGCGCUGCGCGAAAUUGAGAAUAAUGCAACCAAAAGUACAUUCGCUGACCAAACAGGCUCGGUCGAGAAUUUGCACGGCGGUCCACGAUACGAUAAGGCGGGAAACACACGCAGCAAGCAGCGUGCUCGCAAGCUGCAACUGGGAGAUAUUGACUGGUACGCUGAGCGCUCAUCUCCCCCUGCUACUUCUGCUCCUGCGCCCCCACAAGCCUCGCUAGACGACUUCAUCGUCGACAAAUCGCAGUCGAAGCAUAAAGUCGUCGAGCGUCAGGACUCUGUGCGUAGUGGUGGUAGUGGCAAUGGCGGGCGUGGUCUCUACAAGACGACAGGCUGA